UCAGGAUCCGCCGAGAUGCCUUCCGCUUCGUCGGCGGUGGAGUGGCUGCAGAAGGCGGCGCAGGACGCCGCCAACUCCUCCUCUUCUUCCUCGUCUCACUCCGGCACCUCCGCCUUCCCCGACCAGGUCCUCGUGUCCCGGGCCGCAGGCCGGGUGGUGUCUCUGUCUACCUGCACGAAGGUCGGCGCCAUCAGCUUCGUGGUGGGCGUUGCGGUGGGCUUCACGCUGAAGAGAAGGUUGCGCCUGUGGGCUGCCAGGCUGCUCAAGAGGAUCAAGGACGACUAGCUACUAGAUAGCUAGUGCGAUGUCUCUGAAGUUUUGUUCGCAAGUGCACUCUAGUUAAUCUCUAGCCCCAUGCUGAACCUACCUGAUUGCUUGGAUUAACUGUGAUGGAUCGUGCAAGAUAGUGACUUCUUCAUAGAACUGUGUAAUCGUGAUUAGU